CUCCAAUCAUCCCCUCCAACUUGGAGUGGGAAUAAUCCGUUCGGCCACGCGCGCGCGCGCACGCUCGCACACAAGCAACGCGCCGUAUAUACGUGUGCACACGUAUUGGAAAUGUGAACCGAAUAUUACCGAAUCUCACCGGAAAGAGUCGAUGUCAGAUGAGUGCCUCCCGCGCCCCGAAUAUCAGAACCCCUCUUGUCCAGAGUUGUAGCUAAUGCUCCGUCUAUAGAUGUCUAUGACACUCCGUCCAUAUAUUCUUACGUCCAUGGUCCCAACUAAACACAAAGGCAUGGCCGCUCUCAGGUUUCUCUCUGGUGCGACGUAUGUACUACCGCAGUACAUCGCCGACGAUGGCAAACUUCGUCCUGUGUUCCACAUUGCUGCUGUAACAAUUCUGCGACAAAAGUAAUCACGUGACCCUUUUUGUCGCUGAAACGGCCGGUUCGAGCGACACGUGAAAAUGCACCUUAAAUGUCAAGGAAUUUUUAGCAUCACGCUGACAUAAACCUAACGGUUGAAAGACGUUUCCAUAAAAAGUUGCAGGUAAUAAAAUGCCGUCUUGUAAUUUGAAGACCUGCAAAAACCGAGGGACUGAAAACUCAAAAAGUAAAGUUCAAAAAAAGUACGAGGAAGUGCAUGGAAAAAUAUCAUUUCACAAGUUUCCGAAAAAUGCAGAGAUACGUAAAGUUUGGUUGGAACGGUUGGGUAUUAAUGAAUCUGAAAUACCACAACAUGCAUAUUUAUGUUCGGUGCAUUUUGCAGAUGCUGACUUGGAUAGGUCUUCACUUAUAAGUAAUGUUAGGCUUCGAGAAAAUGCAUUACCAAAACAGGUGAAUGACUAUUCCAUGGAAAUUGACGAUACGGUGGAAGAACCAUGUUCAGAAAGAAUAGAAGAUUUUCAUAAUGAAAAUGAUAACCUCCUUUUAAAAGACUCCGAACAUAAUUUUGAUGCAGGUCCACCAAGUAAUACAUUACAAAUGGAAUUAAAAGAAUGUGUAGCAGAAUCUGAACAAUUGAAAUAUUCUCCCCUACAUCAACCAAGUAAUGAAUUGUCGGAUGAAAUAAAUGAUAAAUUGGAAUGCUCUUCUGUAUCAACCCCGAAAACUGCAUAUAGAUUAAAGCCAAGAACAUGUACAACACCUCUGCCAGAAGAUACUCCCAGGAAAGUAUUCCUCAAGAAAGUUUUAAGAAAUUCUUCACUGCUUUAUAAACAAAAAAUUAAAAAUCUUCAACAACAGCUGCGAAGGAGAGACACUCGAAUCGCUCAGAUGGAGACUGUUUUAAAGGCAUUAAAACAGAAAAAUAUUCUUGGAACUGAGCAAUUGGAUGUGCUGAAAGACCUAAGUAAAUUUAAUGUACAUUUGCUAAAACGUCAAAUAUCAAAAGUUAAAAAUAUGCCCAAAGAAAGACAAUAUAUAGUCCAGAAUUAAAAUCAUUUGCAUUAACCC